AUGGCUUUCGCGGGACUUAAGAAACAAAUUAACAAAGCCAAUCAGUAUGUCACAGAGAAAAUGGGAGGUGCCGAAGGCACGAAACUGGAUUUGGAUUUCGUGGAAAUGGAAAGAAAAACUGAUGUAACAUGCGAACUCGUGGAGGAGCUGCAGACGAAAACGAAAGAAUUUCUCCAGCCGAACCCAACGGCUAGGGCGAAGAUGGCAGCCGUCAAAGGCAUCAGUAAACUCAGCGGACAAGCCAAAAGCAACACCUAUCCACAGCCCGAGGGCGUAUUGGGUGAUUGCAUGCUACUCUACGGGAAGAAACUCGGGGAGGAUACAGUAUUUUCACAAUGUCUUAUCGAAAUGGGCGAGGCAUUGAAACAAAUGGCGGACGUCAAGUAUUCCCUCGACGACAAUAUAAAGCAAAGCUUCCUCGAGCCCCUGCACCAUCUACAGACCAAAGAUCUCAAAGAAGUUAUGCAUCACCGGAAGAAACUGCAAGGACGCAGGCUCGAUUUCGACUGCAAACGGCGUAGGCAGGCGAAAGGUGCUCACAUUGCAGACGAGGAGAUCCGCCAGGCUGAGGAGAAGUUCGCGGAGUCCCUGCAGCUAGCCCAGAUCGGCAUGUUCAAUCUGCUCGACAAUGACGUGGAGCAAGUUGCACAGCUUAGUUUCUUCGCGGAAGGCCUACUGGAGUAUCACCAGCAGUGUACGGAAAUCCUGCAGGGCCUGGUCUCAACACUCAUGGAGAAGAAGGAGGAGGCGGUCAACCGUCCGAAGAUGGAGUUUGUGCCGAAGACCCUCGCCGACCUCCAGAUCGAGGGCGUGCACGACCUGAGCAAUGGUAGGCGGUACGGUUCCACACAGAGUCUGCCCCGCCCCAGAAACCACAUCCCCCCCUCCUCGUCCGUCGGCGACCUUAGCGUGGACCCCCUGAGGGCCUGGGAGGAGCCCAGGCCCCAGCCCCGGCCGGGUCAGGGCCAAUUGUCCAGGCCGGACCAUGGGCAAUUGUCCCGGCCCCACUUCAGGCCGCACCCGGCCCCGCGCCAAUACAACGGCCUCGAUCCGUGGACAGUACGUAGACGUAUUGCGAUCGCCCUCAUAAAGUGUACUGAGCCUGGGACAUUUAUUUAUUUGCGUCGCGGAGAAGGCGGCUCGCACGCCGGUUCCCCGGACCACAAGCCGCCCUCCAACCUCGAGCUCUUCCCGGGCGGUGCCAACGCGCAACGCUCCAAUCAGGCGUCGCCGCUUCCGUCGCCGGUUAAGUCUCCCGCGCGGACGCCGAUGGCACCGUCGAAGACGCCAUGUUGUACGGCUCUGUAUGACUUUGAGGCCGAAAACCAAGGCGAGCUGGGAUUCAAGGAAAAUGACGUGAUAACGCUGAUAAGCAAGGUGGACGAGAAUUGGUUCGAGGGCUCCGUCAACGGGAAGACCGGAUACUUCCCCAUCAGCUACGUACAAGUUACCGUGCCAUUGCCAAACAUG